AUGAGAAGAGACCUGCCAGAAUCAAAGCAGGAGAGAUUCGAGUGGGCACUUGAACAUCAGGAUAAACUUAACUUUGAUAAGUACUGUAUUUUCAUCGACGAGGCUGGAUUCAACAUCAGUAUGAGAUGGGAAUAUGGAUGGUCAAAAGUAGGUGAAAAGGCAGUUCUUAGCGUUCCUGUAACCAGAGGUCUCAAUGUAUCAUUCUUAGGUGCCAUCUCUUCCAAAGGAUGUGUUGACUUGAAGGUGCCACUUCCAGCCGAAACUGCUCCUAACAAGAAGAGAAAACUCGGUUCCUACACCACGAUUUCGGAAAAGAAGACAAGAGUGGGUACCACGGCCAAUCAUUUCUUUGCAUUUGUCAAGUCUGUGCUUAAAGAAAUUGAGAAAAACAAGGCACUUAAAGGAAUCAAGUAUUUGAUACUUGACAACGCAGCCAUCCAUAAACGUCGCAAUCUCCAGUUAUUAGUAGCACUGAGUGGAAUGGAGCUAGUGUUUUUGCCUCCUUAUUCGCCAGCACUCAAUGCCAUUGAAGAGUUCUGGUCCGUGUGUAAGGCCAAGGUUAAACGGUCAAACUUAUCUAGAAAAGAACAGUUGACACCAAAAGUGAAAGAAGCGACAGCAAAGAUAACCUUAGAAAGCUAUCAAGGAUUCUGUAGACAUGUCAAUGACCAUAUGCAACACUGUUUAGAACUGACAUCUUUCUAA